CGGCUCUCUCUCUCCUCAGACUCGCUCCGCCAGUCAGUCGAGCUUCUUCAACCGUCGUCGACCUUCGGAGCGACCUAACUUUUCACGUUGUUCCGACGCGGACGCACUCCCGAAGUUUUAGAGCAAACAAAUGGCCCGUCCGUCCUUACCGUCUCCCAGCCGUUCAGUGUCGGAUUCAGUUGUGAAUUUACACGGCAGAUUUGCCUAGAGACGGCGGCGCAACUUCAAAGGAGACCGAAGGCGAAGUUGUAGCCAGGAGAAUAAAGGAAUCCCGGAUCGGCCCUGCUUGCUCGCGUCAACGGUCCGCGUCAGGAUGUCGGUAAGCAACCACGAAAACAGGAAGUCGCGCUCCAGCUCCGGCUCCAUGAACAUCCAGCUCUUCCACAAGACGUCGCACGCCGACAGCCUGCUGACUCAGCUCAACCUGCUGCGCAAGCGGCGGGUCUUCACCGACGUGGUGCUGAAGGCCGGCAGCCGCUCCUUCCCGUGCCACCGCGCCGUCCUGGCCUCCUGCAGCCGCUACUUCGAGGCCAUGUUCGGCGGCGGGCUGCGGGAGAGCCGCGACGCCGACGUCAACUUCCACGACUCCCUCCACCCGGAGGUGCUGGAGCUGCUGCUGGACUACGCCUACUCGGCCCGGGUCAUCAUCAACGAGGAGAACGCCGAGUCGCUGCUGGAGGCCGGCGACAUGCUCCAGUUCCACGACAUCCGCGACGCGGCGGCGGACUUCCUGGAGAAGAACCUGCACCCGUCCAACUGUCUGGGGAUGAUGCUGCUGUCGGACGCCCACCAGUGCCAGCGGCUGUACGAGCUGUCGUGGAGGAUGUGCCUGGCCAACUUCGCCGCCCUCUUCAGGACGGAGGACUUCCUGAGCCUGCCCCGAGACAAGGUGCAGGAGCUGAUCCUCAGCGAGGAGCUGGAGGUGGAGGACGAGAGCCUGGUGUACGAGGCCGUCAUCGACUGGGUGAAGGCGGACAUGGAGCGGCGGCACGGCGAGCUGCCCGACCUGCUGCGCUGCGUGCGCCUGGCCCUGCUGCCCGAGUCCUACCUGCUGAAGAACGUGGCCUCCGAGGAGCUGGUCAUGUGCCACAAGGUGGGCCGGGAGAUCGUGGAGGACGCGGUGCGGUGCAAGAUGAGGAUCCUGCAGAACGACGGCAUCGUGACGGGGUUCUGCGCGCGGCCCCGGAAGGUCAGCCAGGCCCUGCUGCUGCUGGGGGGCCAGACGUUCAUGUGCGACAAAGUCUACGUCAUCGACAACAAGACCAAGGAGAUCACGCCCAAGACGGACAUCCCCAGCCCCAGGAAGGAGUGCAGCGCCUGCGCCAUCGGCUGCAAGGUUUAUGUGACCGGAGGCCGCGGCUCUGAGAACGGCGCCUCCAAGGACGUCUGGGUCUACGACACGCUGCACGACGAGUGGUCCAAAGCGGCGCCGAUGCUGGUGGCCAGGUUCGGCCACGGCUCCGCGGAGCUGGACCACAUCCUGUACGUGGUGGGGGGGCACACGUCGCAGGCGGGCUCCUUCCCCGCGUCGCCGUCCGUGUCGCUGAAGCAGGUGGAGCAGUACGACCCGCAGAGCAACAAGUGGACGCUGGUGGCCCCGCUCAGGGAGGGCGUGAGCAACGCCGCCGUCGUCGGCGCCAAGAACAAACUCUUCGCCUUCGGGGGCACCAGCGUGAACAGAGACAAGUAUCCCAAGGUGCAGUGCUUCGACCCCUGCCAGAACCGCUGGUCGGUGCCGGCCGCCUGCCCGCAGCUGUGGCGCUACACGGCGGCGGCCGUCGUCGGCAACCACGUCAUCGUGAUCGGGGGCGACACGGAGUUCUCGGCCAGCUCGGCGUACCGCUUCCACAGCGAGACGUACCAGUGGUCCAAGUUCGGCGACGUCACGGCCAAGCGGAUCAGCUGUCACGCCGUGGCGUCGGGGAACCGCCUCUACGUGGUCGGCGGCUACUUCGGCGCGCAGAGGUGCAAGACGCUGGACUGUUAUGAUCCGUCGUCGGACUCCUGGGACAGCGUGACCAGCGUGCCGUACUCGCUCAUUCCCACCGCCUUCGUCAGCACGUGGAAGUACCUGCCCUCUUAGGCGCUCCGAGGUCUCUAGAUGAGCUGCGGUGUCUGGUAUGCAGGCAUAUGUCUCUGCUGUCUCCAAGGAGGAGGAGGAGGAUGAAGAAGAAGGGGUUUGUGUCCUCUCGUCCGCGGCUCCGUCCUCGCCGAUGAGUCUGCAGAGGAGCAAAGGCCUGGAAAGCAGCCCAGAGACUGAGAGUCUGCACCCCCCCCCCCCUCCCCACCUGAUCUGUUUACUCUGACUUCUUGUCUAACUUUCUCAUGGAAGCAGCCUGCGGUUCCAGCAGGAGUUGUUGCCAUGAUUACUGCAGGAGGCCUCGCAGUCAUCUCUCUCCUCCUAGCCGGGACAAAUAAGCUACUGUGGCCGGAUCAAACCCGCGCCGGUCCGUUUCCACUUUUAUUCCCAUUCGCUUGACACGUCUACUCAGGUGUGAGCGGUUUUUUUGGGGGGUGGGGGGUUUUCUGCUCGCAGGCUGAUUUGGACCUGCGCUCAGCCAGCUGUACGGCGAAGGAAGCAAGUCGUUUGUGAAAGUCUAUUAUUUUGUGCACAGAAAUAUUCUUCCUGUCUGUAUUUUUAGUCUUUGGACUCGGGCUUCCCUCAAUUUUGGUGAGCUAAAUUUGUACUCUGCUCCGCAACAGAAAAAAAAGUAACGAGCUCGCGGGAGAGAACGUUGAAGGAGAUACUCAUCGGUUUUUUUUUUUGUCUCAGGGUUAGUUUUUUUUUUUUACUUGUUCAAAGAAGGGUUGUGUUUUUCCUCUAUCGUCCUGUUUUUGUGAAUGUAAUAUUUCUGUGUUUUACGUUGUUUCUGACCCCUACAGUGGUCCUUAUUGGAACUGUAAAAUAGCCAAAUCUCUUAACUUCAGUGAUAUGUUUGAUUUUAAAUGCGUGUCUCCUUUGUCGUUAGCUCUUUUUAAUAUUUUUUUAUGUACAUUUCUGAGUAUUGUUAAAAGAAGUCUUUUGUGUGUUUUUUUUAGUUUUUACAUUAGGUUUGUAAUUAAUAUGUAGAUAUCUUUUUGAUUUGCACAAAGAAACCUCUCAGUGGUCUUAAUUUUGUAUCUUGGUCUUAACCCAGUUGGGUAUAGUGAGUAAUUGAAGCCUUUUUGUAGCAAACUUUCAUGUCUUUUUCCACAUUCUUUAUUCACACACUGUGCAAGUCGCCAAUAUAUCCAACUUUCUGUCUGUUGUACCGAUAUAUAAACUGUUACUGCUCAUUCUACAGCUGAAAACCUGACAAUAAACUUAAUUUCCCUGGA